CCGGUACAACUUUUGAUCCUUUCAAGGCAAGGUCUUUAAGCGAUACUAACAUGAUCAAAACGGAUACCGGUCAAGCUCGAUAUUUGUAAUGUGCGGCUGAAUGCGCUACGUGCAGUAUGCACUUUCAUUGUCUUUCUACAUCACUUCUUCUUUUCUCUUUUCACAGUAUUCUGUGCACUUUUACUGCGAUUUAUCGCAGUCCACUCGUUAUUGCGUCUUCGUCUUGGUCUUUAUAUAUCUCUUAAUAUGUAUAUUUUAAAAAGUCUUUCGCUACUUCGUGUUGCCGCGGUGUUAUCCCGAAUAUCUGCUGCCUUGCCACAAGCACAAGCAAAAGCCGCUCGAGAUACUGCUCCCUGCGUAGCAUGCGGCAAAAUUGUUAAUUCUCCAGGUAUGUAGAGCUUUGUGCCGAUAUAUGUGAAGAACCUCAUAUUUAAUCUCGCACAGAAUACACCUUCCCUGCUAGCCUCGCGUACGAAUGUCUCACGAGUGUUCCCUUCAAUCCCGCGGUCGCAGUUCGCUUCCUAGACUACUUCAAUGAUACUCUUCAAUUCCAGAGCACCUUGUCUUACCUCAAGAACCCACCUACUAGUUACCAACAACCCGCAGUCGACUUGUUGAAGGGUCUUGAAGAUCUCAAGAAAGGGAUCGAAGGAGGAAUCUUCCCUAAUCAAUAUGAAUUCGAAGCAGUAUUACAGGCACUUUUACUUGCUUCACACGAUGGCCAUCUCACUUUGGACGCGGGUAUACUAGCAGCUUUCCGUUUUGCAAGUCCAUAUGAUUUGGUUACCCUUUCGAAGGACGGAAUACAAACUCCGAAAGUUUAUUUGACUCAUGACUUCGCGCAAAGUAAUGCUUUUAUAAAUUACACUCUAUCAGCAGUGGCCUCAAUCAACGGAGAAGACAAUUUUUCGUACCCCAAAAGGUUCGCUACCAAAAACGCAAUAGGGCUGGUGGAGCAGCAUGCAGAUUGGAACUCGUUAAUGCGCAGUGCUGCUCAAGACAAUCAAGGCGAUAUUAAUAUCUUUGGCGGCCGUGUCACAUGUGAGUUGUUCCUUUUCUUUCGCGUUUGUAAUCAAGGCUAUCAAAUCAUCUUUCUAUCCUAAGAAUUCACCUUGCUUCUAUAUUUGUUUCACACCUUUGAAAUGUUGCGAGAGGUGGCAAUACUAACUUCAAGAUCUUUUGUAGUCUACUUUGGAGACACUGUCACAUUCGUUCUUGAAAAUGGGACUCAAAUCCAUGAUGACUGCAUCGCCAUCUACUACAGCCCUGGUAAUGCUGGACCACUGGAGACAGGGGGGUACGUUCACUCCAAUGGAAAAUAACAAUAUGUAAACUUUGACUAACCUUUCAUUUAUUAGAGAUUUCUAUAAUUAUUUUGUACUCGGGAUUCUACCGGAUUCAUAUGAGGAUUACUUGGUGGACAACAACACCCAUAAUAUCACUACUCCGGCAGAUGAAAUGUCAUUGGAAACGUCUUCAGACCCUUUGCCCACUACAGAUCCAGAUACACCUGUAUCAGCCACUUCAGAUGAUAGCAGCCCAGCUCCCACCUGCGCUGGUUCAUUCAACAAUGCUGCUUACCCGACUUGUCCUAAUAUCUCACAAGAAUGGGGAUAUACUGGUGAUAAGUCAAACUCUUGAUUCUCUGCUCCUUUGGCUGAUCUUUGUCGUUAGGAUAUUUCCUCAACGAUAGCUCUAUUGCAGUGCUCGUUCUGCCAACUUUUGAUUAUGAUGGUAAAGCAAUCGACUCGUUCGACCUGACCAUUGCAAACUUUCUCAAACAAAGGUGAGACUCGUGUCGCUUGCGAAUGCUGAUAUUACAUACUAACUGCGCGCAGCCGAAGCGCGAUUUUGGAAAAGGUGGUGAUUGAUUUACAACAAGAUAGUGGGGGUCAGAGUCUUCUUGCGAUUGCUGCAUUUAGGCAUUUUUUCCCUAACAUUGACCCAUACGUUGGGUCUAGAAUGAGAGCUCAUCCUGCCGCAUACGUAAUGGGGAAAUCCAUCAACGACAUUUUCGUGGAUAUAAUCAAUGGUCCUGACCCAUCCACGACUGCAGACGACGAGACGACAGAUGAGGACGCAAUAACCUUGAAAGAAAUUCUUUAUGCUGACGAAUUUGUUUCUUCUGAAAGGAUAAAUGCUAAUACUGGAAAGUUAUUCUCGAAUUGGGACGCUUUCUUUGGUCCCAAUGCGAGUGGAGGCGAUAAUUUCACGUUACAACCUCUCGGAUGCAUAUUUUGACAAUAAAGCCACGCUGGAUGAUCAAGAUGCAGUUGUUGAUGAUUUAGAACCGGACUAUACUGUCUUUGGAUAUGGUUCAAAUAUUCCCCAAUCAACUAUUCCUCCCUAUGCCGCUGAGGACAUUAUUAUUGUAAGUGCCAUUUUGAUACGUGCUUUCUCAUUUUAAGCUAAGCUACAUGUCUAACAUUUUAAAGCUUUCGGACAGGCUCUGCUCAUCUGCUUGUACUUUAUUUAUGGAGAUGAUGCAUCAUGAAGCAGGCGUCAGAGUCGUUGUUGUAGGUGGACAGCCCAUCAAUGGUCCAAUGCAAGCAGCAAGUGGCACAAGGGGUGCCGCUGUCUAUACAAUCGACACCCUUGAUGCCCAUACAGAACUUGCUAGGUUCAUUCUCAACUUGAGAAACGAUUCUGAUGCAGAUUUUCUCCCUAAUCGCACGGAAGAACGCGGAUUCUCAAUAAAUUCGGCUUCCAUCAAUCUUAGAGAUCAAGUACGCAGACGAGACCAUUCCGCUGCAGUUUGCCUAUGAAGCUGCAGACUGUCGUAUAUGGUAUACACCACAAACUUUCUACAAUUAUACCGCAUUGUGGAAAUAUGCGUCAGACUCAAUAUGGGGUAGCAAGAACCUCUGUGUUUCGGGAUCCAAAGGAUACGCCGCCACCGGAUCUAACAAGACAGACUUUGUUGGCCCAGAGUCAUCCAGUAGCAUUAGUACAGUCACUGUUAAAGAUAUUGUGAGCCACCUCACCAUAGAUGGCACCGUCAAAGUCCCCUAUCUGAAUGACGGACUGGAUGAUUUGCCACCAAACCAACAAACUACUGGUUCAAACCCCCCCAUACGAUGUCAAAUUUCCACAGACUGCCCUAAAAAUAUGAAUUUCGUUUGUGGAGAAGUCUUGUCGUGCGGCAAUGGGACUUGGAAACAACAGAAACAGUGCGUGAGUAACUGUAACAGAGAUCGGACUCCAUGCCCAGGACCAGACAUAAACACGUGUCAAUUCCACAAAAAUAUAUGUACCGUCGCUUCAAAGCCAUGUGGCAUCAUCAAUCAGGCGCCCUUAGGCCAAGGAUCUUAUACGUCAAAAUUGGGACAGUUGAAACCCGGAAUUUGUCUUCCCACACAGAAACGCUGUGCCUGGUCAAAAAUGCGAGCAAAAGCCAACCAGUGGCGGCGUGCAAACCAUUCCGGCAAAAUACAACGUUGUCAAAAACAAGGGCAUCAUCUGAACACAAAGGCUUGGUGGGGGAAAAAGGGAUUUUCUAUUGUGUUGGCAUAAUUGGAAGGCUUCCGCUGAGGUCUGAACCCUUUAUUUGGAUCUUGUACGAUAUCUGAAAAUUUGUAAACAAUGUAUAAUUGAAAUUGUGGAUUUUGAUGCCUUUCACUUUCUGGUUCAGUUGAUAUUAGGGUUCUGUACAACAAAUACCGGCCCCAGUAGACAAGAGGAGGGGCAGGUUUCUCUUUUUUCUAUUAGCGUAGGUUGGCUCAAAGUAUUCAUAUACUUCAAAUAUUUUAGUACAAUGCCCUUGAUUGUUCCAAUGGUUUCGGUAAACUGAUUGCAUUGUUCGAAAUAACUCUAACAACAAAAAAGACGAAUCAGGUUACGCUACUGUAAUAGAAAACAAAUAAAACAAUUCGCAGCCACUUCUCUAAUCCAUGGAUGGGUAUAUAUGUAGAUUUAGGCAGUAGCGCAUGUCAGAACCUUUUUAGUAUUCCUAAAAAUCACGUUUUUAAUACAGGUUACGAAUAUCGCUGUAUAUAGUACCAGACAACCAGUUCCUUGCACUGCCACAAUCUUAAGGCAAAACAAAAAAGGUAACCUUCCAGAUUGGUCCAACUUUUCAUGUAUCAACAAGGAUUUUCUAGCGUUACUAACGCUUACUGUACCUGAUGGCAACCCACCUUCCGAUGGACGAUAAAUACCUAGGUGGUCUGCAUGGCAAUGUAACCAGACCAUGUGUGUCGGUCAAACCACACCCAAAUUAUACAUAUCUAAACAGCUUGAGAUUGGAAGCACCAACCAAAAAAAAGUACGUACUUUGUGGACGUUUGAAUUUCGAUGCUAGGGUACUGUAGAAUAGUUUAGUCCCUCCUGAAUUCUCUCCCCAUGAUAGACUUUCUAUGUCAACGCAAAGAAUAUCAACUGAUAAAUUCCAGUGAUGUCUCCAAGCUCCCAAGACGAGCUUCAUCGAUACAUUUAUACCCCGCUGCCAGGAAAUACACGUUCAAUUCGCGUUCUUAGUAUAGACUCAAAGCCAGGGGAGACAAUACGUUGUUCUUUCCGAGUCCUGAAUCUCGAUAACAAGCCAAUCUACGACUGCCUGUCAUACACGUGGGCCCACCCCCUGUAUCAAGCCAUUUGGAGAGAAGAUGACAGGAGAAUCAUCGAUGACAGCCCAACCGAACUUAUAAAAUGCGAAGGAAAGGCGUUCAAGGUGGCAGAGAACCUAUAUGAAGCCCUGAAACAGCUUUGCAAGAAAAAGUGGAGUCUUGAUGAACAUGGAUACUCUGGACAAAAUUGCAUCUGGAUUGAUGCAAUUUGUAUCAAUCAAAAGGAUGAUGUGGAAAAGAAGCCACAGUUAGAGAUGAUGAAAGACAUAUACUGUGGUGCCGAAAAUGUAAUUGCAUGGUUAGGCCCAGACUCAGACGAUCCUGAGGCAGCCAGGUUGGGUGUUGCUAUUGAUGUUCUUGAGAGGCUUGCAUCUAUUCCUCCUUCCAGGCGGAAUGUAUAUUUGCCAGAUAAUCUCUUCGAUGGUAGUAUCUGGGACACUCUUGGUAUGGAACCCAUAUUUGAAGAGGAAUGGCUUCACUUCGCAGCUUUCAUUCUCCGGAGCUGGUUUAGCCGUAUUUGGGUUGUGCAAGAAUGA